CAUCUUUUAGGUUAUGUCAUGAACAAAGUAGUAUAGAUUUUCAUUCGGAAAAAAUAUGAAAUAAAGUGUUUCAUACGUCGUAUCGUCGAAAAAGUGAAAGUGUAUGCAUUUUUAAGAACAACUAUAUAUAAAUAAUAGAUAGAAUGUCUGGAACCGUUGCAACGCAAGGCCGGGAACUGGCUUUCCAAAUGCUCAGAGCCCUUCCGAGAGUCUGCAUAGGAAAUCUUAAAAAUCAUCCUGGAGCAGUAAAAAAGAAUCAAAGAGGAAGGGGUCAACACGGAGGAGACAAACAUGGGGCCGGAAACAAGGGUUCCCUAGCUCGACAGAAUUAUAUGCGACCUGGAUACGAAACUGGAAAUAAUCCAUUCUAUCUGAGAUUUGGAAGAGAACCCUAUUAUAAAGGCCAUCAUUUAAGAAGAGAAUACCCGCCAAUAUCGUUGUUCAAUCUGCAAAAAAUGAUUGAUACGAAUAGAUUAGAUCCAACUAAACCCAUUGACCUCACAGCCGUCAUGAAUACGGGUCUCUACAGACUCGAACCUGAUAUGAGACAGGCAGGCAUACAUCUCACAGAUGAGGGAAUGAGCGUAUUUAGCGCAAAAGUGAACGUCGAAGUGCAAUGGGCCAGUGAGCCUGUGAUUGCUGCCAUUGAAAAAAACGGUGGGACCAUAACAACUGCUUUCUACGAUCUCAAUAGUCUACAGUGUAUGAUCAAUGUGAAACAGUUCUUCAAUAGAGGUGAAGCGAUUCCUCGUCGACUUUUGCCACCAAUGGAUUGCCUACAAUAUUAUUCGAGCGCGUCCACACGAGGAUAUUUAGCAGAUCCACAACAAGUUUCCUACGAGCGUCUUGUUUUGUCUCAGAAAUACGGCUAUGAGCUUCCAAAGAUAGAAGACGAUCCAGAUUACGAGAUGCUUAUCGAACGAAAAGAUCCGAGACAAAUAUUUUAUGGCUUAGAACCAGGAUGGGUAGUGAGUAUUAAAGACAAAGUCAUUCUCAAACCAAGAGCAGAGUAUCUUAAAGAAUUUUAUGCAAGUUAGAAUAAUGUAGAGAUCGAAAAAAAUAAAGAACGACAGUUAUAAACUUGA